AUGCCAGAAGCCAACGGUGAUGUUAGAUCAUAUGUCCGACGUGAAGUGGAGACGGUGGCCGCUUCCAUUCCUCAGCAAGCCGCGUCUCCGCCAGUACAACUCAUCAUACAGAACAGCUCAAGCGUCAGCGAAACCAAGCCUGAGAGAGAGUUGCCACCGCGAAAGAUGCCGCAAGACUUUUGGCACCUAUCGAAGAAGGAUCUCACCGAUUUUUUGGCAUCUCCGCUGAACCAGGUUUGUCUCGUAGGCCUUGCUGGCUUCGCCUUGUGGAUUUACCAGGCCAAAUCAGAGUAUCCUGGGCACAUAUGGCGCUCGGGAUGGGUGAAUAUGAUGGCUGAUCUAGGCCUCUCCAGGUUGGGCAGCCCACGAAACUGGCAAACCCUGUCGAUAGGAGAAUCCUGUUGGGUAAGCAAUCAGGAAAUGCAGUGA